CGCCUAUUCUCUUUACUCUUUAUUCUUGGCUUUUUCUUUUUUUAUAUAUUCCUCUUUAGAUCACCACCACCCUCCCGAACCUGCUGUAACAGUCUCGAAAUAAUCGAAUUCUCACAAUGGUUCGGCUGGACGUCAGCAGCCAAAAAACUCUGCUAAAAACGGCCAUUCUCGGCCUCAUUGCCGCUGCUGCAUUUUCAUCACGUCUUUUCAGUAUAGUCCGCUACGAAUCCGUCAUUCACGAGUUCGAUCCAUGGUUCAACUACCGAGCGACACGCAUGCUUGUCAAAGACGGCUUCUACGACUUUUGGAACUGGUUUGAUGAUCAAUCAUGGUAUCCACUCGGUCGCGUCGUAGGCGGCACCGUAUAUCCAGGUCUUAUGGUGACUUCGGCAGUUAUCCACAACAUCCUCCACUACCUCAAUUUCCAAGUCGAUAUUCGAAACAUUUGCGUUCUUUUGGCUCCCAUGUUCUCGGGCGCCACCGCUGUUGCAACGUACCUACUUACCGCUGAGCUCAAAGAUUCAUCCGCUGGUCUGCUUGCUGCAGCAUUCAUUGGCAUUGCACCGGGCUACAUCUCGCGUUCAGUGGCUGGUUCCUACGAUAACGAGGGUAUUGCCAUCUUUUUGCUCAUGUUUACGUUCUUUUUGUGGAUCAAGGCUCUGAAACUCGGCUCCGCACUCUAUGCCGCGUUAACUGCCUUUUUCUACUUUUACAUGGUCGCUGCCUGGGGUGGCUACGUGUUCAUCAUCAACUUGAUUCCUCUGCACGUGUUUGUGCUCAUGUUGAUGGGCCGCUUCUCGAGCCGUGUAUACGUUGCCUAUUCAACUUUUUAUGCACUUGGCACAUUGAUGUCCAUGCAAAUCCCAUUUGUGGGUUUCCAGCCAACUCGCACAUCCGAGCAUAUGGCAGCCUUAGGUGUUUUUGGAUUGUGCCAGAUUAUGGGAUUUGUCGAGUUACUCCGUGGUCAUCUUCAAGCCAAGCAGUUCCAAACGUUGCUCAAGGCAUUCGUCUUUGUCACAGCCGUUCUUGGUUUCGCUGCAUUGAUUGGAUUAACGUUGACCGGAUACAUUGCACCAUGGACUGGUCGUUUCUACUCGCUGUGGGAUACCGGUUACGCCAAGAUCCACAUUCCCAUCAUUGCUUCGGUCUCAGAACAUCAGCCAACCGCCUGGCCAUCGUUCUUCUUUGACCUGGAAAUGCUUAUUUUCUUGUUCCCUGCCGGUAUUUACCUGUGCUUCCAACAACUGCGCGACGAACACGUGUUUGUGAUUGUCUACGGUAUCUUUGCGUCCUACUUUGCAGGCGUCAUGGUCCGUUUGAUGUUGACUCUGACACCCGUGGUCUGUGUCUGUUCCGGCAUUGCUGUCUCGACCUUGUUGGACACCUAUCUCGACAUCAAAAACGAACCCGUCAGCAACACUACCUCCGCCCCCACUUCUUCCAACUCAAGCGAUAAACCUGCAUCUGAUAAGAAAAAGGGCAAGCAAGCCGUCAAGGAUAAGGCGAACAGCAAUGUGGACGACAAGACCAAUUUCGGCAUUCGCAGCAAAGACACUCGUGUGCUUGUCGUGACCAGCUUCGUCUUCUUCUUGAUUGUGUUUGUAUGGCACUGCACCUGGGUCACCUCCAACGCUUAUUCCAGCCCAUCAAUCGUGCUUGCAUCGCGUAAUCCUGAUGGAUCGCAGCAUAUUAUCGACGAUUUCCGUGAAGCUUACUACUGGUUGCGACGAAACACCAAGGAGGAUGCCAAGAUCAUGUCGUGGUGGGAUUACGGUUACCAAAUUGCCGGUAUGGCUGAUCGACCCACGCUUGUCGACAACAACACGUGGAACAAUACGCAUAUUGCCACUGUGGGUCGAGCCAUGUCAUCCAACGAAGACGACGCAUAUGAGAUCAUGCAGCAGCAUGACGUGGAUUACGUACUGGUAAUUUUUGGUGGUCUGCUCGGUUAUUCCGGUGAUGAUAUCAAUAAAUACUUGUGGAUGAUUCGUAUCGCCGAAGGUGUCUGGCCCGACAAGAUUAAAGAAAGCAACUACUUUACAUCCAGUGGCGAAUAUCGUGUAGAUGAACAUGCAUCACCGGCUAUGCGCGAGUCGCUCAUGUACAAAAUGAGCUAUUAUCGCUUUAACGAACUGUUUGGUGGUCAGCAACCCAUGGAUCGCGUACGACAGCAACGACUCCCCAUCCAAGGCCCUGAGCUAUCGGUAUUAGACGAAGCAUUCACAUCCGAGAAUUGGAUCGUACGUAUAUACAAGGUCAAACAGUCAGACAACCUUGGCCGUUCACACAAGGCUGCACAAGCAUUUGAAGCUGGUAAAAAGAAGAGAAAACCAGCAAGGAGUAAAAAGAGCAAAGAACGAAGACGAAGAGCCUCCAUGGAAGAUUUGGACUAAAGAAAAAGAAAUUUUAAACAAAAAAAUAAAGUAAACGCACAUUUUUUUUUCCACGCAUUAACAAAAGCGAAGAGAGAAUUUCACUAGU